CUUUCAUGCCCCUUACAGAGGUUAUAAUGCAGAUAUGCGAAUGUAGUGGUCUUUGCAAGACUAGAAAGCGAACUACGUACAUGGAUAACCCAAACUCGAUACCAGAAUCUGUGCGAUCGAACUCAACUCGUCCUGAUGGUUAUUUUGUCCUCUAUGACAGUAAUAAACCCCCGGUUCACAAAGGAUCAAACAAAAACCCUGCAAUUUCUUGGGACGACAUAGCUGUCGCAACUGAAUUCAAGAAGAAGGCUGGCGAUGAUGACAUAGAUGAUAAUGUACGGAAGAUUGUGUGGAGUCUCCAUCACAUCCUGCGAAGCGAUCCCUGCCGAAGAUUUGCGUUCGGCAUAACAGUCGAAGCCAAUCAGAUGAGAUUUUGGUUUGCAAAUCGUUCGACGGUAUUCACUACGAAGCCGUUUGAUUUCAUAGGGGAACACGAGUUUUUGAUACAAUGCGUUCUAUCAUUCACCUACGCGGAAAGGGCGGAUCUUGGAUGGGACCCCACCAUAAAGUGUGUGAAUGUGGAUGGAAAAAUCUGCUACGAUAUCACUGUCCAUUCUCCCAGAGCAGACGGACAAGCUCCAGCUAUCUACCGCACAGAGGAAAUUCUGUCUGACUUUGGGGCUGACGCGCUACGUGGACGAGGAACUCGAGUCUUUAAAGCUCGUCGAUUCAAUAUCCAAAGUGGCGAAGUCGAAGGAAAACCUGUCGCUAUCAAGGAUGCUUGGGUUGACGAGGACCGUGACAGGGAAGGAGAUAUUCGCAAAACGUUCGAAGCUGAAGCCGAUGAUGAUGACAAAAGCGAGAUACGGAAAUACUUCUUGACGGUACUGGAUCAUGGAGAUGUCAUUAUCGACGGGCAUGUUGAUCACACGCGAGAUUUACACUUGCGCAAUGCCAAUAUUCCCUCUGAUUCUCGUUUCCGACUCCAAAGAAAGAAACUUCCAGCUGAUCCCGUUUCUAGCACCGGCUCUGCACCUUCCCUGGGUAUCCCAGGGCAAACUCGUGCUGCUCAUACAGGUCAUUAUCAGUAUUCGUUCAAGGUCCACUAUCGGAUCGUCUUUGAAGAAGUCGUUGAGCCAAUAUACACUUUGAAAUACCUGGCUGAUGUCCUUCGAAUAAUAAUCCAUGGCACCACCAGCCUUCAACUUUUGCACAAAUACGGAUGGGUGCAUCGAGACGUCAGCACCGGUAAUCUCUUGGUGUAUGAAGGCAAUGGGAAAAUGGGCGACUUAGAAUUUACGAAGAAAUCGGACCAGGAAAGCAAUCAUGAAAUCCGUACCGGAACACUCAACUUUAUGGCGGUGGAGGUUGAAACUCAGGAGUACAUCUUCCA